AUGUCCUUGAAAGACUCCUUUACUCUGACUUUCGGGAAAAAAGCGUCGGUGAGAGUGAGUCAGUCCAGACCAGAACAGGCCGGACCAGAACAGCCCAAACCAGAACAGGCCGGACCAGAACAGGCCAGACCAGAACAGGCCGGACCAGAACAGGCCAGACCAGAACAGGCCGGACCAGAACAGGCCAGACCAGAACAGGCCAGACCAGAACAGGCCAAACCAGAACAGGCCAAACCAGAACAGGCCAGACCAGAACAGGCCAAACCAGAACAGGCCAGACCAGAACAGGCCAGACCAGAACAGGCCAAACCAGAACAGGCCGGACCAGAACAGGCCAAACCAGAACAGGCCAGACCAGAACAGGCCAGACCAGAACAGGCCAGACCAGAACAGGCCAGACCAGAACAGGCCAAACCAGAACAGCCCAGACCAGAACAGGCCAAACCAGAACAGGCCAGACCAGAACAGGCCAGACCAGAACAGGCCGGACCAGAACAGGCCGGACCAGAACAGGCCAGACCAGAACAGGCCGGACCAGAACAGGCCAGACCAGAACAGGCCGGACCAGAACAGGCCAGACCAGAACAGGCCAGACCAGAACAGGCCAAACCAGAACAGGCCGGACCAGAACAGGCCAAACCAGAACAGGCCAGACCAGAACAGGCCAGACCAGAACAGGCCAGACCAGAACAGGCCAGACCAGAACAGGCCAAACCAGAACAGGCCGGACCAGAACAGGCCAAACCAGAACAGGCCAGACCAGAACAGGCCAGACCAGAACAGGCCAGACCAGAACAGGCCAGACCAGAACAGGCCAGACCAGAACAGCCCAAACCAGAACAGGCCAAACCAGAACAGGCCAGACCAGAACAGCCCAAACCAGAACAGGCCAGACCAGAACAGGCCAGACCAGAACAGCCCAAACCAGAACAGGCCAGACCAGAACAGGCCAGACCAGAACAGCCCAAACCAGAACAGGCCAGACCAGAACAGGCCAAACCAGAACAGGCCAGACCAGAACAGGCCAGACCAGAACAGGCCAGACCAGAACAGGCCAGACCAGAACAGGCCGGACCAGAACAGGCCGGACCAGAACAGGCCAGACCAGAACAGGCCAAACCAGAACAGGCCAGACCAGAACAGGCCAAACCAGAACAGCCCAGACCAGAACAGGCCAAACCAGAACAGGCCAGACCAGAACAGGCCAGACCAGAACAGGCCGGACCAGAACAGGCCAAACCAGAACAGGCCAGACCAGAACAGGCCAGACCAGAACAGGCCAGACCAGAACAGGCCAGACCAGAACAGGCCAAACCAGAACAGGCCGGACCAGAACAGGCCAAACCAGAACAGGCCAGACCAGAACAGGCCAGACCAGAACAGGCCAGACCAGAACAGGCCAGACCAGAACAGGCCAGACCAGAACAGCCCAAACCAGAACAGGCCAAACCAGAACAGGCCAGACCAGAACAGGCCAAACCAGAACAGCCCAAACCAGAACAGGCCAGACCAGAACAGGCCAGACCAGAACAGCCCAAACCAGAACAGGCCAGACCAGAACAGGCCAGACCAGAACAGGCCAAACCAGAACAGGCCAGACCAGAACAGGCCAGACCAGAACAGGCCAGACAGAACAGGCCAGACCAGAACAGGCCAGACCAGAACAGGCCAAACCAGAACAGGCCAGACCAGAACAGCCCAAACCAGAACAGGCCAGACCAGAACAGGCCAAACCAGAACAGCCCAGACCAGAACAGGCCAAACCAGAACAGGCCAGACCAGAACAGGCCAGACCAGAACAGGCCGGACCAGAACAGGCCAGACCAGAACAGGCCAAACCAGAACAGCCCAGACCAGAACAGGCCAAACCAGAACAGGCCAGACCAGAACAGCCCAAACCAGAACAGGCCAGACCAGAACAGGCCAAACCAGAACAGCCCAGACCAGAACAGGCCAAACCAGAACAGGCCAGACCAGAACAGGCCAGACCAGAACAGGCCAGACCAGAACAGGCCAGACCAGAACAGCCCAGACCAGAACAGGCCAGACCAGAACAGGCCAGACCAGAACAGGCCAGAUGCGGCGCUGACAGAUGUAAAAUCAAAUCUGGGAUGA